AUGUCCGCCGACGAGAAGAACGGCACCGCCAUCCACCUUGAGGAUGGGGUCGACGAUGACGUUAAGGUCGCUCGGCAGCAGCAUGAAGUUCAGGACUCUGCGGCCCGCGGCUAUGUCGACGAGACCGUCAAGCUCACCCCUCAGCAGGACAAGGAGCUCUUCUGGAAGAUCAAUCGACGCGUCCUUCCGUUCCUCAUGCUGGCAUACUUUCUGCAGAGCAUCGACAAGAGCGCCACUGGCAUGUCUCUCAUCAUGGGGUGGCAGAAGGACGUGGGUUCGAAAGGUAACGACAUUCCCAAUGUAGCCUCCCUCUACUGGGCCGGUUACCUUUGCGCGGAACCCUUCGCCGCUCAAGUGGUUCGUCGUUUCCCGGUAGCCAAGUGUCUUGGAGGCGGCAUUCUCUGCUGGGCGGUACUCAAUGUCGGCCUCGCCUUUUGCAAGAAGGUGCCCGUCAUCUUGGCCAUUCGCUUCAUUCUUGGGUUUUCGGAGUCCCUAGUUGGUCCAUCGCUGCUCACUCUCACUGUGCAAUGGUACAAGCGGUCGGAGCAGCCAUUCACUAGCGCCUGCUGGCAAGUCAUGGUCGGCAUCAAUGUCAUUCACAACUCCCUCGUCGCCUAUGGAUUUUACCACAUCAAAUACCUCCACGGAAUGAACGGCUGGCAGUGGAUGACGCUCUACAUCGGUCUGCUGUCAUUCAUCUGCGGUGUGAUCCUCCUCACUUUCCUGCCCGACUCGCCUACCGAAGCUCGUUGGGCUACCGAGGAGGAGAAGGUCCUGCUCGUUGAAAGGGUGCGCGAGAACAACCAGGGCCUCAAGAACAAGACUUUUAAGCGCGACCAGGCUGUCGAGGCGCUGAAGGACCCCAUGACCUACCUCUAUUUCGCUCUUCCGUGUGUGGAAACUAUGGUCGUGGGCGGCAUCGGGGCGUUUGGCAGCCUGAUUAUCAACGAGGGCUUCAAGUUCGAUGUCCUUACCACCCAGCUCGUCACAAUUCCACAGGGAGUGUUUAUCGUGCUCACACAACUCCUCCUUGUAAGUACCCCCCGCAAGGAAGAGUCUGACAGGCAGUUGGCAGUUCUCAUCCCGCGUACCGGCCAGACGAUCCUGCCCAUUCUCGGCUUUUUGGUGCCCAACAUUGCCUGCACCAUCGUCAUGACCACCGUGGUCCCAACGCCCAAGACCAAAGCUGGCCUCCUCGUCGCAUACUACGGCCUUCAAUUUUUCCAGGCGGUGAACCCUGCUCUGCUCCUCAUGGUCCAGCGCAACUCAGCCGGGCAGACUAAACGGUCCAUCACUUACGCCGCGGCGUACAUGGGAUGGGGUGCUGGUAACACAGUCGCCGGGCAACUGUUCCGUCCCCAGUGGAAGCCGCGCUAUGUCCAAACCCUGUACAUCCAUCUGGCCCUCUACGUUGUGUUUGCCUGUCUUGCCGUUGUCGCCCGGGCGAUUCUUGCUCGUCGUAACAAGCAAAAGGAGGCUGCGCGCGCAGGCAAAGAGCCGGACAACCUCUUGGCUUUCGACGAUUUAACCGACAUUCAGAACCCGGACUUCGUCUACAUGUAUUGA